AUGCUCCAUGCUCUAUGCUUUUGGGUAGCCGCCAUGCCGUGCGAAGGCGAGGGAGAGGAAGAGGAGAGAGUUUGGGGCUUGUUAUACGUCUAUCACACAUAUAGACGACUCAAGCUGUUCUUCAACCUUAACUACCACCAACAACUCAACUUAACAACCAUCUCGGCCUUCAUCACCACCAUGCCCGUCCGCAUCCCCGCCGCCCGCCGCACCGAGCUGCUCUCCUUCGGCAUCGCCGGCGUCGGCGCCUUCGCCCCCUUCUACAUGCUGCUGCCCGGCGCCGAGGAGCGCCUCGCCGCCCAGACCACAAAGUGGGCGCCCCGCUGGGAGCGCAACAUCUCCUACUUCACCCCCCACACCGAGCGCGCCAUCCAGCGCGUCACCCCGCCCGUCGAGAAGACGGUCAAGCGCAUCGACCAGCGCCUGCCCCUCGAGAAGGUCACCAAGAACGCCCACCGCCGCAUCGAGAAGGGCAUGGACAGGGUCAGCAAGCCGCUCGUGAACAACUAG